AUGGUGAAAUUCCCUACACCCUGGGGCAUAAGGGCAGUCAAAGGGGAUCAAGAGGAUUCCCGCUCUUGCUACCAGAAUACUCUAAAGGGAAAGACCAAGGUCUUAUAUCAAUUACAAAGUAAGCCUCCGGCUCAUCACACCGAGGAACCGGAGGUAGAGGAAGUGGACGACGUGCCAUUAACCGAAGGAUAUCAGCCCCGACAUCUCAAGAUCGGCUCUAAGCUGACCGAAGGAUUAACGAGGAGAUUAAUAGACUUCCUCAGGUCUAACUCCGACUGCUUCGCUUUGUCCAACGCAGAUAUGCUUGGGAUCGACCCGGAGAUCAUCAUGCACAAACUGCAGAUAGCGCGAACAAUGGAGGCCUACAUCGACGACAUGCUGGUCAAGUCCCUAGAGGCCGAGGACCACAUAUCUCAUUUGCAGCAAGCCUUCUCCACUCUUUGGAAGUAUAACAUAAAGCUCAAUCCAGCUAAAUGCUCAUUCAGGGGUAAUUUGAGUGAUAUCAUCUCGGAACACGCCGUAAGCACCGUCCUAAUACGCGAGGAGGGAAGCAAGAAUCUACCAAUCUACUACGUAAGUAAGGCUCUCCUAGAUGCGGAAACAUGGUAUAGCCAUCUAGAGAAGCUGGCCUUAGCCCAAAUAGUCACCGGUCGUAAGCUACGACCCUAUUUCCAGGCUCACCCAAUCGUGCUCGUCACCUCCUUCCCUAUAAAUUUGGUUCUCCACAAACCCGAAGUCUCCGGACGCCUAGCUAAAUGGGCUGUGGAACUAGGGGAGUACGACGUAAUAUUUCGACCUGCCACAACUAUAAAGUCACAGGUCCUAGCAGACUUCGUGGCCGAAUUUUCCCUUGUCUUGCUCCCAGCUUUGGAGCAAGAAGUACGCCUCCGAAGCAAAAUUAAGGAAGAGGGAGAAUGGAUCCUACACGUUGAUGGAUCCAGCAACGCACAGGAGCUGGAGUGGGAAUAG